UGUGUGAUUUAGUGAUUUUGGAUUGGAUAGAAUGGAGGAAAAAUAUGAGCUUUUGAAGGAACUUGGUGCUGGGAAUUUUGGAGUGGCAAGGUUAGUUAAGGAUAAGAAGACAAAGGAGCUUUUAGCUGUCAAAUAUAUAGAAAGAGGGAAAAAGAUUGAUGAGAAUGUGCAGAGAGAAAUUAUAAAUCAUAGAUCCUUGAGGCAUCCGAACAUUGUCAGGUUUAAAGAGGUCCUGGUUACUCCAUCGCAUUUGGCAAUUGUUAUGGAGUACGCAGCAGGUGGAGAACUUUUUGGUAGAAUAUGCAGUGCUGGCAGAUUUAGUGAGGAUGAGGCUCGUUUCUUCUUCCAACAGCUUAUAUCCGGUGUCAGCUACUGUCAUACCAUGGAAAUUUGUCACAGGGACUUGAAACUGGAAAACACUCUUCUUGAUGGAAGUCCUUCACCACGUCUAAAAAUAUGCGAUUUUGGUUAUUCCAAGUCUGGUUUGCUGCAUUCACAACCAAAGUCGACUGUGGGAACUCCUGCUUACAUUGCGCCUGAGGUCCUGUCACGAAAGGAAUAUGAUGGGAAGAUCGCAGACGUGUGGUCAUGUGGAGUGACACUAUAUGUAAUGUUAGUAGGAGCAUACCCUUUUGAGGAUCCUGAAGAUCCGAAAAACUUCAGGAAAACCAUUGGGAGAAUAAUGAGUGCCCAACACUCCAUACCCGAUUAUGUACGAAUCACACCAGAUUGCAAGAACCUCCUUUCGCGAAUCUUUGUUGCAAAUCCCUCUAAGAGGAUCACUAUUCCUGAGAUAAAGAAACAUCCUUGGUUCUUAAAGAAUCUACCAAAAGAUUUGAUGGAUGUUGAGCACGCGAAAUUCGAAGAAUCUUCAGAGCAACUACAACAAAGUGUUGAAGAAAUCAUGAAGAUGAUACAAGAAGCUAAAAUACCUGGAGUAGUGUCAAAAUCUGAAGGGAAAGAUCCUGCAGGGACAGCAGAACAAGAUGAUUUAGAGGAAGACCUCGAAUCGGAAAUCGACAGCAGCAAUGACUUUGCUGUUUAUGUCUGAGGAUGAAAUUUUAUGAUCAAUU